AUGUCUAAUCAAACAGGAGAGUUCACUGCUUCGAUAGGCCUUGCAACUAGCAUUAAUCUUACGACAAGUCAAACCAUCCCUGGAGCUGUCACGAUCGCAGCUCUUCCGACCUCGGAAACUUUUAGCUUUACUUGCACUGUUGUGGAUACAACUUCAACCCCUGGGGCGGAGAUUCAAGACGUUAGUCUUACUGCAGACGUCGUUCUGCCUGCGACAGAGUCGUUAGCGAGUCUUCGCGGCCAAAUAACGUUCUGGCUAGGACCCUACAGCCCAGUGAUCUCACCCCUCACGCUGACCAGCACAACCUGGAACGAUAUUGCCGGUGUAGCAAGCGGCGUAGUAGCCGUUCAAAGCCACGAUCAAAGCACGACCCACCUUACAUCUGCCACGCCAACGAGUGCCUCCACCUCUGCUACCACAACAGCUACCCAAGAUCCAGGCAGCUCUCCUUCUUCUGACCUAAGCAAGCAAUCUGAAGAGCUGGGGCCCGGCGCAAAAAUAGGUGUCGGGUGUGGGCCACUUGUAUUCCGAAGAAAGCGGCUCCACCGAAAGCAGAAGUCCAACACAGCAUCGGGAUACGAGAAGCAGGAAUUAUAUGGCAGACCUCUGCCACGCACGCAUGGUCGCGCUGAGCUCAAUGACGCAACAGCAAAGCAUGAGUUGCUAUCCGACGAUCAGAUUGAGAGGAUGCCGAGGGUCCCAGUAGAGCUGGAGUGAUUCCGUCCGAGAACGCCGUGUUGGCCUCUUUGCCUGAAAGGCCUUGAUCUAGCAUGUUAUGAUAUAGUUCACUUCCCACUGAUGGGUAGGUUGACCAGCAUGGGUGAGCGUGGUGGAACAACGAUUCCGAGCAAAGAGUUGCCCAGUUCGAGGAUAUUCACAUGUCAAGAGCAUGCGGUAAUAAGACGCAGAAUGGAUCCAUUUGCCCUUAUGUCAUUAGCCAAGUGCAUGCUCGUUCCAAUACGCUUCCGGCGGCAACACCUAGAUGACAUCAACCAGAACUCCGAAGAUCAGCUCCUUUUUCCUGGCGAACGCCGACAUCUUAUUGUUUCCUCGCUGGGUCAGGACUGUUCAUGACCUUGGGUCAAUAU